UCAGAUUGUUACACGGGAAGUAAAUUCAGGUUAGCUUGAGUAGCUGGUAGGGCCACGAUAAUUUGUUAAGAAUUUCGUUCACUGAACAGCUCAGACACUUUAUAGAAGAGUUGUUUUUAAUAUUCAUCAUGCUGAUCAAAGUUAAGACCUUGACUGGAAAGGAAAUAGAGAUCGACAUCGAACCCACAGACAAGGUGGAGCGAAUCAAAGAGCGGGUGGAGGAGAAAGAAGGGAUCCCUCCACAGCAGCAGAGGCUCAUCUACAGUGGAAAACAGAUGAACGAUGAGAAGACGGCUGCAGACUACAAGAUCCAGGGUGGUUCGGUGCUCCAUCUCGUGUUGGCGUUAAGAGGAGGGUCGCCGCCUCGCAGCUGCAGCACGCACCUCUCCUCGUCGUCAUGAGUUGCUGCCGACGUGAGACCAGCCAAGUGCCAACUGUGUUGAAGGAAAACGAUUAGGCGAAAGCAACCAAGAAAAAAAAAAGGACAUUUUAUUUCAUUGUGUAGAUUUUUUUUUCUUUUUGUAAGCUCUAAUUGGCUUUUUCAGUCUGAACAGCUGAUGAAGAGGCUCAUGUUUUCAGAAAAGUUUGAAAACACUUUUGCUUGUGAAUAAAGGCUGAAACUAAA